UAUUAUUUUGUCCUCAUGAAUACUACAUUCAAGUUAAUUUACAAAAAUUUAAUAAAUACUUUUGUAUGCCUCAUUAGCCUUACCUAUGCAGAUGUGAAGACUAAAUGAUUUAUGGAGAACACACAAACAUUCAACAACAGAGAUUUUCCUUCAGGAUGCAGUAUGUUGCACAGAGAGAGAUCAACCCCAUCAGAGUCCAGCUGUGUGUUCAUGAAGAGUGACCAGUCUAUGGGCAAGCCAAUAAAAUUUAAGGGAAGACAAACAUCGACUCAUCUAAGAGGGAGAUCCAACCCACCAGAGUCCAGCUGUGUGUCCAUGAAGAGCAACGAGUCUAUGGGCAAGCCAAUAAAAUUUAAGGAAAGACAAACAUCAACUGAUCUGAGUCUGAGAAAUAGAUCAAACCCAUUGGAGUCCAGCUGUGUGUCCAUGAAGAGCGACCAGUCUAUGGGCAAGCCAGUACAAUUUAAGGGAAGAGACACAUCAACUAAUCUGAGUCUGAGAGAUAGAUCAAACCCAUUGGAGUCCAGCUGUGUGUCCAUGAAGAGCGACCAGUCUAUGGGCAAGCCAGUACAAUUUAAGGGAAGAGACACAUCAACUAAUCUGAGUCUGAGAGAUAGAUCAAACCCAUUGGAGUCCAGCUGUGUGUCCAUGAAGAGCGACCAGUCUAUGGGCAAGCCAGUACAAUUUAAGGGAAGAGACACAUCAACUAAUCUGAGUCUGAGAGAUAGAUCAAACCCAUUGGAGUCCAGCUGUGUGUCCAUGAAGAGCGACCAGUCUAUGGGCAAGCCAGUACAAUUUAAGGGAAGAGACACAUCAACUAAUCUGAGUCUGUUGCACAGAGACAGAUCAAACCCAUCAGAGGCAAGCUGUGUGUCCAUGAAGAGCGACCAGUCCAGGGAGACAGAUCAAACCCAUCAGAGGCAAGCUGUGUGUCCAUGA